AUGCUCAGGAAUUUGGUCGACAAAACAGUUGCAUCAUUAUUUCCCUUUCGGUUUCUCGUCAUAUUGCUGCCAAAAAUUAAAAAUCACCGUGCCCUUUUUGUUGUUCUUAAUCAGGCUCCCAACCUGAAGAUGCUUGGGCUUUUACAGGGUUUCGCUGCAGGCCUUAUGUUGAGCAUAUCUUUCUUUGACUUGGCUCAUAAUGCCAUAAACUCCAUUGGCUUCUUAAAAGGAAAUUUAUGGUUCUUUUCAGGUGUGCUUUUCUUCGCAAUUGUUGCCAAUUUCAUCCCAGAACCAACGCUUGCUCCCGUUUCAGAUGUGAAGAAUAAAAAGAAAAAUGGUGAUGAAGGGGGCAAGGACAUCAUGAAAAAGCAUCGCCGCCAAGUUUUGUUUAGUGGAAUAAUCACAGCAAUAGGUUCAACUACCCUUAUGAACUUUUUUACCAUCCAUAGUGAUUGUUCUUUAAGUUGUUUUAUGGUCAUUUGAAAGCAAUCUAAUUGGAUUAUUUACUUGGUUAAAGUAGAAUCAUAUGUGAUUUAUCUGGCUGAAGAUUUGACCCGUUUAUUGAAGCAGAAAACUUGACAUUGGUUGAUGAUGGCAUUAGAUCUUAGAUUUAGAGGCCCAUAUUCAUGGUACAUUUAUCUAUCUGCAUAUGAUGGGUUGACAUGGUCUAGCAACCAUUUUUUCUGGGACUCUUUGUGGGGUUGUAACUUGUUUGAAUCACGUUAUUGCCCUAUAAGUCUGUCAAUUAAUUUUGGUCAAGUAUAUGAGCACUAUCAUCCGUUCUUCAGUAGAUAAUGUGAAAAGGAGAGCCUUGUUAGCAUGUGCUUUGUCAAUCAGAACGUCUCAAAUGUAAAUCCUAGUCAAUGUCAGUUCCAGAAUACUUUUAUCUUGAUGGAUAUAUCCCACUUCACUCUCAGUGUUGCACAAAAUCUAAUUUGAUAUGUGAUAAUUGUGAAUCUAUUGAAAGAUAAUAUCAGAGUGAAUGAUAAACAACAGAUACAUUGUGCUGUGUUAUAUAUUAGGGCACUUUCUAAUGUACAAAGGAUGUACUGAUGUACUUAUAGAACUCUAUUUAGAGUAUCAAAUACACAACAAUUUUUAUAAAGGAAGAGAAACAAAUAUUAAAUGAUAAAAAAAAUCUUUUAUAUGAAAGAUGUUAAUAUCAAGCUUAUUAGAACAUAUGAAUCUUAUUAAUUUGACCAGAUAAUGCUUUUCCUGAUGUUCAAAGCAAUAGAUUUAGCAUAAAUAUGAUUUUUUGGAAAAGUAAUUUUAGAACUCUCCAAAAAAAGCAUCGCAGAUUCAUGUGGUCCGAUGUGAAUUGCGUUGCAACUUGCAACUAAAACCUGGUUAUCAAAAGAUUGCUGAAAAGGAGCUUUGGUUAGCGUUAGUUAACUUAUCAAUUCUGCUGAUGGUAAAGUUGAAGUGAUCCCAUGGGGAGGGCCCAAUUAUUAGGGCAAAGUAAUUCUUAAAUAAGGCAAAAUUAACAUUGAUUUUGAAACUACAAGGAAUGAAUUUCCUUGUGAUAAACUAGUACAUAAGAAGGAUAUGUUGUUAAUAAGUUUGUAUAAGGUGACUUGUGAGGAAACUUCCAACUUUCUGGUUAUUAGGCAAUAUUUUGUAUUUUUAUGCAUUGCAUGCAGAGGAGUGCAUAUUGUACAAAAACCAAGAUGAGAGGUAGUAGUCGGGGUGUGCCCAUGGUUAGCCGUUUUCCCCUUUGCUAGAUAAAUUAAUAAGCCAUAAACUAGAUUUAAAUUAAGGUUGACACGUACUUGUUAUGUCAAUUCAAUAUCCUCAAGUUUUUCGAACAAAUUAUAAAAGUCAUGGAAGGAGAGAGAAACUGUUUUGGAUUGCCAUCACAAUUCACUAAGGUACUAGUCUAUUCCAUUAACUAUGAAUUCAGAUCUGGAAUUAAGUUAGAGUUUUUAUUUGACUCUGCCCUUGUUUUUCACAUCUCAAUUGACACAAUUCUUCUUGGCAUGCAUGUGUUGAUUCACUUGUGAUAUGAGAAAUAUUGGUGUAGCAGAAUUUGUAUCAAUUUGAUAGAUGUCCCUAGGGCAUAGUGAUGCUGCCAAUCAGAAGAAUUCCACCUUGCAUAUCAGCUGUUCAACAAAACAACAGCCAUCGGGUCAUUGCAUAUUCUUGAUAUGAUUUAAUGUUUUUGAGAAGGCAGAUUGAAGUUUUGAUCCAACACAAUGAGCAAGUUUAGGCUCAUUCUCAGGUUGGAGCGACCUUCUAGGAGGAGGAAUAUUACCUUGAAGAAUAUGCUGAAAUUUGUCCUGAUAUGGAGUUGCUACAUUCAGGUAGUUGAUUUAACGUGCCCACCAUUCUGUGAUGAGAAGUGGAUGACAGUGAUGUGGAUGGUUUAAAUUAUUCUGUUCUUGAUAGUAAAAUUAUUGAAGAUUGUGAUGGUUAUCUAUUGUUUGGUGAAUGUCCAAAGAAUUGAAUUUGUUGAUACUAUGGUGAUGAUGACAGCUUUGUAACAGUGACUUUUGUACAAGGCAUUAGAUGGGUCAGGUGCUUAUGAAUACAAUAAAGGGUAUUGGUCAUAUCUGGGAAGAUUUGGUGGCAUGUCAAUCAAUUUAUGAGUGUGAUAUGAUUUGGUCUUACAAGACUAAAGUCGAAAAUGUCGUGGAAAUAUAAGCUUGGCUGUUUUAUGUAUACUUACACACACAUCAGUAUAUAUGAGUAAAUGUAUCUGUGAAUCGAGAAUAUGAUAAGAAAGAUAGAGGGGAUUAUGGAAAAUAAGAGAAUGAUUAGAAAGGAAAUGGAGGGGAAAUUACACAACGUCCAUGCCUCUCACAGCGAAGGGGAGAAGCAGAUGGAGAAAGGGGAAUAGAAUGGAAAAGAGGGAGGGGAUGGCAUCUGCGACUUCCCCAAGCCUCUCGAUAUCCAUUGCAAGGAUAAUAGGAAGAGAAAAAGAAAAAAG